AUGUCGACCGGUGGAGUAGUCUACAAGGACUUACUCCCACUACCUGACACAGAUCCAACAGAGGUCGAGGGAAAAGCAACUACACUACUGGACGCACCCACAGAGAGCCAUGCACUAGCCUUAGAAGCUACCAAUUCAGCCGCUAUAGAGGAAAAGGGUGCAGUCCAGAUUGAGCAUGCUGAAGAAGUCGUGGAUCUUGGAUGGAAUGAGCCAAAAGAACAUGUAGCAAAGCCCUUGGUUGGGGGUCUCUCCAACGAAGACCUAUGGCUACUGGUCCGAAGAUUCAACAAGCAAAUGUAUCAUGUCAAGGAGAUCCCGACAGCGCCCCCUGGAGGUUUGGACAUGAACAUUGCAGACCAAGAGGAAUUUUCUCCAGACAAAUUGCGAGCCAGCAUUGAACGCUUGUACAUGACCAUCGGAAUUGGAAUGAUGGCAUUUUGGAAGCACAUUGUUCGAUUGCGUUCAUGGCGUGAGACUCGUCGCACGACUACAGCUUGCGCUGCGUACUUCCUGGCCUGGUAUCUCGACUUGAUUAUGCCUUUCAUGUCCCUGGUCCUAGUAGUUCUUAUCGUGCACCCAGAGUCACGAGCUGUCAUGUUUCCCCCUGCCCCAAUCGCCCUAGUCAGUUCCAAAGGAGGUGUGCAGAAACCAAAGUCAGGCAUCUUGGGUAGUACCGACAGUGUCACUGGUGCUCCUGAGAACCACAAGGGUGAAGCUGUAGAGCAAGAGGCCUCCAAUUUUGUCAAUGGCUUUGCCUCAAUUGCCUUGUCAAGUGCAACUGGCAAGCAUCCCCAAGGCGAGCCUCCAGAAAGCGACUCUCAUGACGACAAAGUCCCCGAUCCAACAAGACUCGCUAUCAGUGCUGCAGAUGCGAAAGACAAGGCCUCCGGUGAUAUCUCCGGUAAAGAGCACGACAAGACCAAGGUGCCCAUGGAAACUGCCAUGUGGACCAAGAUGAGGCCUAUCAUGCACGGCCUUGCUGAUGUCACUGAUACUUGGGAGCGCUUUGCCAAUAUGCUCGAACCAACACCGCCAUUUCCUAAAAACAAGUAUCAUUUCCGAUUAGCUGGAGUCGUUGCACCACUCUUCCUCGUUUCUCUCUUUUUCACUUCCUACAUGUUCACCAAAGGGGUCACACUUGGCGUAGGAUUUGGAUUCUUUGGAGAUCCAAUCAUCUCUCGUGGACUGGCCUUGUUGAACAGCAAGUUCCCACACUGGCAAAAGUUACUAGAACUCCGCAACACAUUACUAAAAGGUGUACCUACCAAUGCCCAACUCGCCAUCACGCUUCUCCGCGUCGGUGAAGCCAACAAGGCCCCCUUACCACCACCGCCUCAUGUCGCUCACGCGCCACCAGAGAAGCCCGUCGAGAUCAGCGAGCAAGAACUUCGUGCCACAGGUGCAGACUGGCCCCUCAACGCUACCCAGGAAGAGCUCGACGAAGCCAUGGCACACGAACCCAGUAUCCCCCAUGAGACCGGCGGUCAAGAUAUUGACCAGGCCAAAGACUCUAAACAUGGUAAGAAAGGCAGUAAGAUCCUCGGCUUCUUCCGCGGCACUGUCAAGGGUGGUGUUGAGACUACUCUGACUGCCGAUAAAGUCAAAGCUAAAACUGGAUCUACACACGCAAAAAACAGACUGGGGGCUGUGCCUCCCAGGGGUGUAGAUUUGACGUCUGGUCCUGUAGAAUUCAUCUGCAGACAUGAUGGGAAGAAGGGACAUGCGUAUAUUACGACCAAGGCUACUAUUCCAUGUAUCGCGUUCUCGACCGACAAGACGAUUGAGAAGAUUGGCAGUGUGGAUCGUGAAGACCUGCAUCCGCUGUGGAGUGUGCCCAUUGGGGACAUAAGUGAGCUCCGCAAGGUGGGUGGCUUUGGCUGGAAGGCCAAGCUGGUCGUAGGCUGGGCAAUGGGUCGCGAGGUCGCUGACGGGCUGAUCAUUACGACCAGGACAGGUGAAAGUUUCAGACUUACUGCUAUGCCUUUGCGGGAUGAGCUAUUCAACAGACUUGUAGCUAUGGGUGGGCAGAAGUGGGAAUGUUGGUAG